UGGGAAGUUAGGUUGGGAAUUAUGUUCAAUGCACUUGUAAUAAAACGUUUUUGCCAUUUAAGUGCAGUCGGUGGAAUGUGUGCGGUUACGGAGGUGUAACACCUGUGUUACAACACUUGACGCUUAUCUCAUUCACCUCAAAACACUGUGUACACAAAGAUUAAAGUGCUCAAAUUGAAUUAAAAACAUUUCGUCGCGGUUUUCGGAGUAUGUGAAUAUGUUUUUUCGGAGUUGCUUUCGUUUUCAGGAAGGUAAAAAUUUUUCGUCUAGUUUUUAAUGAUUAUUUAGAAAUUACUCAUUGGUAUCUUCGGCAUGUCUGCGUAGGCGUGAUUGACCUUUACAAAAUUUGGAAUCUGAAAAAUGUGAUUGAACUAAGUUACGACCUGACCUUCAGGCGUCAAGGAGAUUUCAGAUUUUUACUAUGCGCAUACAUUAUCCUUAAAGGACGAUUAAUCAAAGAGUAAUUUUCCAGCAUCUUCGAACGUCAAACAAAUUUUACUGGAACGAUUUUUUUUAUUGUUUCGAGAAAACUCUUCGUUUGAACUCUCAUGGGGCAAUGCAUGUCGCGUAAGGCCGCAGGUGCCUUCGCCGCUUCUGCAGCCGCAUCCCACAAGCCCACCAAAAUGCAGAAGCAUAAUAUUCAGAGUCCCGGCGACGACGAGAGAGAGCUGCCCCGCAAGCCCCCCCACUGCACGAAAGGCGUCGCGACGUCUUUCGGCUUCAAGCGUCGUCCAACAACCGCUCCUUCCAUCGCAUCCAACUCGAAUGCAGCUCGGCGUCUUGCCAACAUUGAUUACAUCGACAGAAACGGCAACGGUGACACUGAACCACUUACAACAAACAUAGCACCAACAGCUCGUUCCACUCCCCGAUUAAUGCCCCCGAAAAAAGAGGGCAUUGCUACCAAAGUCAAUCGGUUUGGUUUUCGUCAACCUCAAGUCAACCGAUUACAUAAAGUAGCUGAUUUGAAUAAUCCACCAUUGGAUAAUGUUGCCAAAAAAGUCACUCAAAAAGUUGACAGCAAUAAGAACAAAAUGAUAAAAAGUGGCAUGCCACAGGCGGAACGGUUUAUGUUACAAUCGACACAGUUGCCACGACCGGAACCAAUCAGAGUGAUUGAAACGAAAGCAGCCAAGACUUUAGCCAAUAACAGCCGGAAAAUAGCCUACAACGAGGAUAAUUCCUCGGCGGAAGAUUCAGGAGUUGGGAGUCAAAUCAGUAAUGAAAUCCCCGGUUUGGAACGCUUGAACCAUUCACCGACUUACGGCCGUAGAUUUAUAAAAUCUAGGAAUUUGGAAGUUGUCAAAACCGGAAAUACUUUCGACGUCCGGGAUUUGGACGACUCUGAAAGUUGUGUGCCUUUGCCGCAACUUCCGAGUGCGUUCACCAAUCCGGAAACUCUCAGAGGAGUGUACAAUUCUGGAUUUGUGAGAGAAAAGGCAAAAGAGUACGAGCGCCACCUCGACUCCGACAAUCGACGAAAAAUCUCCGUCACUUCUUCUGAAGGUUUCAGUGAUUACGAUGAAGAAAAAACCUCGCGCGAUAAAUACAAAAACGAGAAGUUUUUCAUCAAGUCCGGUUCAUUUUUCAAGCCAAGAUCGGACGAUUCGAGCCCUCCAAGUUCCGACGAGCACGAUUGGGCCCACGGGGGCGAAGCAAUGGCUGACGAAGUCAGUUUUUCGAUAAGUUCAAGUGAUGAAAGUAAAGAGAAGGAGCAAGCACCGGUCACAACACCCACAAAUGUCACCUUCAGGAACGUCCUCUUAACAAUCGAGGACCCGAAAUUCGCUGCUGUUGCAAGCAAUGCGAGUCUCCUCCUCGACGAUGAAACCUCCCCCGUCGACAGUUUACUGAGUUGUUCCGAAUCGGAGGAAAUCCUCAAACGGAAAAUAAACAGGAGUUCCUCCAACUCAAAGGAUAUUAACGAGAAAUUGACUCCGCCGAGUCCUGGAACUCCAACUAACGCAUCAAACUCGUUAUCACUAUCAGACGGAAAGGACGACUUCCUGAUUGAUGAUGAGAUAGCAGACCAGCCGGCACUCCUCUUCGACGAUACUCUCGUCGGGAAUAACUCGGAAAGUACCACAAUUGUUGACUCGACUCCCAAACCGAAACGGAGGAGUUUCCUCGAAAACAGCCCUCUGACACUGAGGAAGAAAAAGGCUUAUCAUAGCCGAACCGGGUCUUUAGACACCCUAUCGCCAUGUGAGAGUAUAGCAAGCGAUGAUUUGAUGAUGGAUUAUGACUACAGUCAAAGCAGCGGAAUGGAGGAUUGUGACAGGAAUGAUAGCCACAAUCAUGGCUUUUCGUCAUUGGACGAAACUGUGAUACGCAAAACGGAAAAUGAGGAAGGGGGAUUGAGGGACUGGGCGAGCUUAUUAGGGGGGCACAAGAGUAUAAAAAGCAAUGCGAGUAAAACUCGCCUGUUGUGGUCUCGAACCGGAACGCCGAAUUCAAUUCCUGAUUCACCGAAAUCUGUAGAUAGUAGAUCGACAGCCAGGUCGCGCCAUUCCGUCACCAGUAGUCCUCUUCGACUCUCCCGAAUCCCGUUAUCUGGAUACGAUUCGGAUGAUUCAAUCAGAUUAGAUCGAGCGAAUCACUCCGCAAUGAAACAGGACAUUAUGAGCAUCAAAACCAUGCUUUUGAAACUACGACGUGUCCUAAACGAGCAGCCAGACGAAGAUAUUUUGUUGAGGUCUGAAACUCACAUUCCAUUUGAUGGUCAGUUAAGUCUGACGAAUGGUCUCUUCAAUGGCCUAUGCUCCUCAUCAGACGACGCACAAAAUGAUGAAACCGCCGAGAAUAGGUUCGAAUUGGCGGAAUUGCGAAGACAGGUGUUGUUUUUACAAGGCCAGUUGGAGGAUAAGGAGAAGACAGUUCAAGAAUUACAAGAACAAAUGCUUAAACUUGCAACUGAAAAUUAUACGUCAAACUCGGCUCCUGCCUCGACUGUUGCCGUUGAAAGUUCAAUGUGCAAUGCUGCCACGCAAACAGAACGGAUUCGUCCAAUUUCAGCUGGUCCAUCGUUGCUUAACGGUUCUUCCGAAGGAAGUAUCGGAUCUCUAGUCAGUGCGAAUGAAUCUCCCCAAAGAUCUCGGCCCCAUCAAUCUUCAAAAAAAACUACGAAAUUGUGGCGGCAACCUGGAGAGCCCCCUUCACCCCAACGUUACUCAUCAAUCCCUCGUCGUGCAAAUAGUCGGACUAGAACGCCUUCGAUACCAUCGUGAUAUUGAUUUUAAUUAAUAACGUUAUGUAUUUUUUUUAAUUAUUUUUGUAAAGAAUGGCAAAAGACUAACUUUGACUGUGAUUUUGUUACGUUAAGGAAUAGUGGCUUUAUUUUUUCAACGUAUUUUUUGUUGAAGGUGUCAGUCUUUAAACUUGACCUAAUAACAACAUGUAACUGGUAGAAAAGUCAUACUAAUCUCUACAACAAUAAAACUUAAAUUCAACUUUCGGAAAAAUAGGUGAUUCUUGUUUUUAUUUAUUGUUACUCAAAUAAGUAUAUACAAUAAAAUAGAAAAAUGUAUUAUUUAUGUAAGAAUAAAAUCAAAUCAAAUUGC